CAAAAGGAGUAUGAAGUGAAGGCAAAGCAAGCGUUUUUCCUUCAUUUGGUUCCAAAUCCAUUUCGAUGGAAAUACAAAAUGAUUUAGAAUUUAAAUUUUUAUAAAUUUGUUUUAAACAUUUUUUUAUAUAGAAUUAAGAUGUUUUUAAAGUUAUAAACUCAUACUUGGUGGUUAUCGUAUUCGUCAUGAUUUUUUUUUGUUGUAUAUAUAUAUAUAUAUAUACGUGUAUACGAAUGUGGCCAUACCCAGAGGGCUAUCGCAUCAGCAAGACGACUUUCUAGUCAGAUCCUUCCUGUGCUUCGGAUAUGAAGAACUUGAUCGUAGGAAAGAUGAAAAAGGCCCCCUCUUUCUCCAGAACUUGGACUUAAUCCACCCGGUCGUUCUUAUGGAUCUCGAUAUGUUUGGCUAACUACGAUGGAAUAGAGCCAUUCUGAGUAGAACCCCUUCUUACGAUAUGUCAGAGCGGGAUCAGUCAUGUAAUAGCCCCCAGCCCUUUCCUUACGAUGAUUCAUGCCUUGCUCGUGCCGUAAGAAUGUCGUAUGCAAAUGAAUUCACUUUUGGUAUAGAAUAAAUGGGCGAAAGCCCGAUGCAGCAACUUGCGAGGGGUUGUGCUUUGCUACUUGCUUAGGUUUCCAUCUAUUGUAUUUAUCUAAAUGGGAAUGAAUUCGUCCGGCGGGUCUAUCUAAGAGGGCAAAGCGGUGAGCGUGAGAAUAAUUUUUGAUUUUCGAUGUUUAUAUUAAAAUAUAGUUAAAUUUAGUAAUAGAAAAGUGUGUAGUACAAUUAUAAUUAUGUGCAUAUAUAUAAUUAUGUGUAGUUCUAACCUAUAUAUAUCUUUUAUUGAUGAAAAUAUUACUCGUCCAUUUUGAUUCGUUCAAAUUUAACCUACCUAGCUAAUUUGACACCCCUAACAUCAUAGUGUCACAUAUGUCUCCGAGCCAAGUCCUAACCUAGAGCAUUAGUUGAUCUGCGUGAUGAGAUAAGCAAGAAUAUUUCAUGAGAUUAUUUUAUCUCACCUUCUUUAUGAGACAAUAAAAUCGCUAUUUCACUACAAAUAAUGUGAUAAACAAUCACAAAAUUAACUAAUAUCUCCAAUUAAAUAUGAAAUAAAAUUAUUUUUUUUCAAAAUUAUUAUUCUUUAUCUCACGUAUCAAACGACCGUCCAAUAAAAAAAGUUGUGGGUAGGGUUGAAUGCUGCAAAGUUGAGUUUUGAUCACGCGAAUGUGUUAAACUUUGUCACAUGAUCCUCGAAUAUACAGCUUUGCUAUGUUUUUUUUUUUUUUUUCGAUAUUUGAUAUUUAUUUUAUAUCUUAAUUUAAUGUAAAUUUACGUCAUAUAUAUAAAAACUCGAUUAUAAUUUAAAGAAAUGUUCUUUACCAACAAAUUAUAUCCAAUCCUAGUAUGAACUCGGAGUUUUUAAUUAAAAAUUUAAAAACGAGUUAAUUUCUUAAAUAGUUACUCGAUAACAAUUAAUAUCUCCGAAAGUUAUUAAACUUUGUUUUAUGACAUAAAAAUCAAAAAUCACUCAAUUAAUGUUAAUUAUCUCAUAAAGUCGAUUAAUUAUUAUUAUUUCACAUAUAAAAUUAUAUGCUUCAUGCACGGAACUGCCUACGAAACUCUAAUAAAUAAAGCUAAACAACCCAUGCCACAUGUAUUUUCCCUCUCAUCAUAAAAAGGAACCCUAUAACUUCUCUUCCUAUCUCCCAAAGACCAAAAGAAGGAUAAAACAAUUUGCCAUUUUUUUCUCCAUUUUCAAUCAAUCAAAUUUGUGAAUUUUUUUUCUCUUCGAGAACACUCGUAUCGUCGAUUCUUCAACCCCGUUCCUUAAAUGGAUGGUGAUAGACAAUUAUUAGUUCCGCAAGGGCUAACACAAGAAGAAUUUGUUGAGUUGGAACCAUUGAUUCGAAAUUAUCAUACUUUUGAGGAUUUACCAAAUACUUGUACUUCUCUUGUGACGCAACGCAUAGACGCGCCCGUCGAUGUCGUAUGGCCAUUCAUCCGUCGUUUUGAUAAUCCCGAGAAGUAUAAGCACUUCAUCAAAAGUUGCAGGAUCGUAUCAGGUGAUGGCGGAGUUGGUAGCAUAAGAGAAGUAACAGUUGUGUCAGGAAUACCUGCAUCAACAAGUACAGAACGUCUAGAGAUAUUAGAUGAUGAAAAACAUAUUUUAAGUUUUCGAGUUGUUGGAGGUGAACAUAGAUUGACAAAUUAUAAAUCAGUAACAUCAGUAAAUGAAUUUAAAAAAAAUGGAAAAAUUUAUACUAUAGUUUUGGAAUCAUAUAUUGUUGAUAUUCCAGAAGGGAAUACUGGUGAAGAUACAAAAAUGUUUACUGAUACUGUUGUGAAAUUGAAUCUACAAAAACUUGCUUUAGUGGCAAUGUCUACUAUGCAUGGUCACGAAUAAUUAAUCGCGAUAACAAAAGGAUUCAGGGUUUAAAUUUGAUUGUUUUGUUAUUUUCUUUUACUAAUAAGUAUGGUGUUUGGGGCGAAAUGUGCUUCCUUUCAUCAGAAUAGGUAUCGAAUAAGAUUUGAUAAUUUUUAUGUAUUGUAACAGUUACGUAAUUGUGGGUUUGAUUUUUUGAAAUGUUUGUUGUAUUUUUGUAAUUCUUGAAAUAUAUACAUAUAUCUAUGGUUUAUUUGUGAAAUAUAUAUACGUUUGUAUUCGAUUCAAAAUUCUUUAACGA